GUCCUCUCUCCCUACCCUCGAGACUCGAAUUCGAAUUAUUCUCGGUCAGUCGCUGUAUCUCCGUGUCAGAAUAAUUAACUGACUCUCAAUCCGCCUUUGUUAUAUAGCUACUACACCAGGACUCAUUUGAGGUGACAACUGUUUCGCUAUUGGUUUCUCGCAUGAAUUCGCAAGAGAAUGGUCAAGCGCAAAGCCGUGAUAUAAUCGCUCGCCUGCAAAAUGCCAUAAAAGAGCUUCCUGAAUUACUAGCUCUACUUACCGCGCCUUUGGACUCAAUUGGACUUCUCCCUCCACAAUUUGUUCGUUAUAAUACGACCCCUCUACCAGAUGGUGCCUUCAAAGUUUCGAAGCACAUCCCUGCUUUGCAAAGAGCAUUACUAGAACAUGUCAUACCAACAUGGGAAGCUCUGUUGACAGAGAAACGAAUGUAUGGGAUUGUAGAGCAGUACUUCUGCCCAGAUCUGUUCUCAUUCGCUUCACCUGCAGCUGGUGAACUAGCCAUACAUGGGUACUCUACCAUCUUGUCUCUGCCUCUGACCGAGUAUUCCGUGCGAUUCCUUGUGCGUCUUUCCAAAGCAUAUCCUAUCGAUGUCCUAUGGACUGUCGUCUUUGGUGGCUUGUCCGGAACCUCUGAACGGAAAGAGUUCACCUGGGAAGAUUGCGUCCGGAAUGUAAUAGCGAUUCCUGGAAAGGUGGCGAAUGCCCUUGGUGGAAAGUCUGCUAUACCGCCAGAACUCGAAUAUGGUUUAUACUUCAACCAUGUCAGUCGCCGUUGUGAAACACUCAUCCAAAGACUGUCGAUGAAGCGGUCCAAAGGUGAUGUUAUCUCUGUGAAUUACAUCUUGACAAAACUGGUCAAUGUUGGCGUAUUUCCAGUCACUGUACCAACAUCACCUUCCCAACCAUCGUUUUUUCAAUCAACAUUGCCGUCGAUUCGUUCGAACCUGACAUCACCAUCCUAUGCUUCCAUUUGGCCUGAAAUAAUUACGGCCACUCCCUCUACAUUUACACUGCAGACAGUUAUCGCUUCCUUAUUUACGCAUAUCAAGAAAGUCGAAGGUCUUGACGCAUUGGCAUCGGCGCGAACUGUCGCGAAAGAGGAAGCAUUGCUUCUGAGCGGGAUCCUUGGGAGAAUGACUAAAGAUAGUGAUGACCUAUGGGAUACGAUGAAUGCGGUGCUUCUUGGACGUGAAUGGACCGUAGGUCAUGCUCGCAUCUUCGUAUGCUGGGUCGCUGGCUGUGAACGUAACCAAUUUGAUGUUGAGGCAUUGGAGACUCUUCUUGGCAACGUCGUCGAUCUUUGGACUAACGCAGAUCAUAUCAGACACUCGCUCCUCAAUAAGCACCAUUAUAUUACAGCCUUGCUUCUCCUAACCAUCUCAUACAUCUCUGCUCCUGGUGUAUCUUCAGCAGCCAUCAAAAAUCUUGCAUUCUCGCCAUUAUUCAUCAAGUCCAUAUCCACAUACCUCACCCACUUGGAUCCUUCCGUCCGUCGUUGCGGCAUGAUGAUCGCUGAAGAAGUAGCCCGUGGCGCUGGGAAGAAACUCGACUUCGCUGACUGGGACGGGGAGAACGAUGGAAAGGCGUGGUGCAAAGCGAUCCGAGUACUCACAAAGGAACGAGAUAUUGAUGCCGAGAUUGUGGAGGAUAGUGGCAAUGAAGCAGGCGAGGGAGCCAAAAAUGUGAACAUUAGAGAACAACCCGCUCCCCCAUCGAUUCCCUCUCAAGGUAAUCUUCCGAAGGUUACCAAACCUCAAGAUCGGACUGCACUCGUCCAAGAUGUCACAGAAUACGACUCUGAUGAUUCUCUAACUGGCUAUAUAACGUCUCCCUCCUCUUCGCGGUCACCAUCUCCCACACCCUCUGAGCUAGAAGAGAUCGAGAAGGAUCCUACACUUCGCGUCACACAAAAGAAGAUAGCGAGACCUGUGUACCUUGCACAGCUGGGUGACAUGAUUAGACCAGCUGGCGGUUUGAAGCCUGAGGCUGAGGAAGAUGAAGCUCAGAAGCAACAAGUAGCGCUUGAUGUUGCCGAAGAGCAGAUCCGGAGAAAGAGGAGCUAUGGAACCGAGCUAGAGGAAAACGCAGUCAAUUUGGUCUAUGGCCUCAUAGGUUUGCAAGAUAGCUAUGAGCUUGAAGGCUUCAGUCAGAAGCGACAAGCCGCAUUGAAUGCACUUGUCGCAUGUUGUCCUAGGAAGGCAGCUCUUGCGAUGAUUGAAGAAUUCUUCAAGAACCAGUACUCUGCUGAGCAACGUUAUGCCAUCCUGAACGCUCUUGCACUUGGUGCUCGUGAAUUAGCUUCUUUGCCAAUCCCAGAGACACCGGCAAUGCAAACUCCCGAGAGAAUAUCGUUCACAAGCAAGCGUCUUCCGCCAAUGCUUCAUCACAAGUACCUGACAGCUGCCGAUCAGCAACUCGUCGCAGCACCUGUACAGAAUCUCCUAGAAGGUAUCAGUCGGGAGGCGAUCGACAAAGGCCGGGAUGCAGCUGCUGAAAAGGUGCCCGCGUACGUACGGGAACGGCAAUUGCGUAUUAAGAAACCUGCAAGAAUCACAGAAGUCACCAAGGAUGGAACCGUCACCCGACCACAAUCUUCCCAGAUGAUGGCGCGACCAGCUACGGUGUUCACAGAUGUGGCAGCCGAAUACUUCAUCUGCCCUUUGAUUAACCGGUUCUGGCUGUUCCUCCGAGACGAACAAACCCGCGAAGCACGUACGGCUCAACAACCCACUUUACACCAAUACAAAGGAUCUGGAACGGGGCUUAUCCUCAACGCACUCGUCCUGUCGCAUUUCAUGGCUACUUUGGCAGUUUUAGUGCAUGCUGCUAGACAUGCCAAAGAAUGGCUAGCAAUUGUAGCACCUGACGCCUUGGAGCUCGCUGUGACUGUGGGUACAAGACCUCUUUCAUCUGGAGAAGGUGAGGAUGAAGAUGCAGAUGACAACCUUCCGGGUGGACAAGCAUCCGCAAAAGGAAAGGAAGCUGCACUCUUGACAACGUCAUUAGAACUAGCAUUGGUUGUCUUGGAUGGAUGCGUUGAUUUGGAUGGGGGUCGUACGAUGUCGUUGGAGCACACGGCAUUGGUCCUAGGUGUGAGUGAAUGGGCUGAAGAAGUCCUUUCCAGACUGGAGAAAGGUAUCAAGAUGCUUGGUGGAGGUGGGGUUCAGGAAAUGAAGCUCAGGCGUGCUGCGGCAGGAGUUGUAUUGAAGGCAGAUGAGGUGACUUCAAGGUGGAAGCGUUCGAUGAUAGAUGUUCUGUCGAAUGCUUAAUCCCCGGAUCUAUGCUUUGCCUGGUUGUCAUGCAUUUUCCUUUAGUAUUUCGUCAUAAUCGUCAAGACCAACUCGCGCGUGCCAAACACUACGGCUACCCUUUUGAGCC